AAUGACAUCAUAAUUUCACUAACUGGGUUAGAACAAUCUAAUCAACCUGACCCAUCUAAGCGUUGGAUUGAUUUUAAGGAUGUGUUUCUCCGAGAUGCAUUUAAAACAGUAAAACGAGACAUAGCAAGAUAUCGGGUGGAAGACCACCAUGUUUUAAAAAUAAUAAAGGAACGGCACAGACACCAAAGAGAAAAAUAUCUCAAGCAACAGAACUCGGUGUUGGAUAGUCAAGAUCAUGCGAGGAUGCGCGAGAACGGAAGAAUAGAAUUUAAAGUUAAACAACGAAAGAAGAGGUUUUACCACCUUCAAGAAACUAAUAUCGAACAUUUUACUAGCCUUCUUCCUAUCGAUAUUUCAAGAAAUCAGACAUUAAAAGACAUUAAAAAAAUAAUGGAAGAUAGGACCUAUCAUAGUGAUGAAUCUUUGGAAACUGAUGAAGAAGCAGCCAAUGAAAAAUGUCGACUAGGAAUUUAUAUCAUUCCUGAAAAAGAACAAGACAAGCACAACCACAUCGUUAAAGUGGUAGAUAAAAAAUGGUGUUCUUCUAAAGAAAGUGCUAAUGUCAACAGCAGUACUUCAUCACCACUCAGGACCCCCGAAUGGUGUAUUUCAUGCUUAUACAAUGUGAUGCCUGGUAGUGCAUCCGAUAUUAAUUCCCUAUCGCCUGAUAAUUCCCCAUCGCCUGGUAAUUCUUCUUCGCUUGGUAAUUCCCCAACGCCUGAUAAUUUUCCAACGCCUGGUAAUUUCCCAAUGCCUAGAAAUUUUCCAACAUCUAGAAAUUCCCCAACGCCAAGAAAUUCCCUAACGCCAAGAAAUUCCCCUGUAAAAUCGCUUGGUAAUUCUCCUGCCCCCCAAAAAAUCUAA